AUGGCUCUCGAUCAACAUACGAUCGUCAUCCUAGCUGGCCCGAAGCUUCUCGGUUACUUCUUCAAUUGGUGCCUCCUCGGCGUGCUUGGGCUCCAAACUUUGUACUUUAUAUUGGUCUUCGAGAUCGUCCAGACGGGACUCGUCACCGGGGUCGCCUUCGAGACCUUCGUCUACAACUACGGCGACCCCAUGUCCCUAACGCGCAUCUAUUAUGCGUGGUUCUUCGUCGCCGUAAUGUGUGCCAUCGUCUCCGUCUCCGUGCAGGCGUUUUUUGCCUGGCGCAUCUGGGUGCUCGCGAAGAAACCUUGGAGAGGCUGGAUCGCCGGUGGAAUUGGUGCUGUGCGUGACACUUUUCAGAUUCUGAGCUCGCGCUUGGUGCUUACGAAAUUGACCAUUGCCCUCACAGUUAUCCCUGCUGCAAGGAUGUGCGGGAGUAAUUCUCGGAGCGUUACUCCGCGACACGGACUCCACGGCCCAUGUUACGACUUCGCACGCCGUUGUAAUUGUUCUGAACUAUGGGUCAUCGGUAGCGCCGUGGUAGACGUGCUCAUCGCGGUCACCAUGACCACACUGACUGAACGGAUGAUCAAUAAGGUCAUCCGGAUGGUCGUCGAGACCGGGUCGUUGACAGCGAGCAUCGCCGUUACGACACUGGUGUUAUGCCUGAGGCUCCCCGGGACACAGUACUACGAGACGACGAUCUACGUCCUCACCAAACUCUACGCCAACACCUUCCUCGCCAAUCUCAUCUCCCGCGCCUUCUUCGACCCCGCGCGCCGCCGAGGCCGCGGCCGCAGCGGAACCACAGAAGAGACGGACGAAACGGACGACACCGAGUCGGGCGCGGGGCCAGGCAGAGUCACGACGAUCGCGCUGAGCACGUACGUGAGCGGCGUACCGGUGUGGACCAAUGGCGAGGUGCAAAAUAGCACGGUGACCGGACUGAGAACGCCUGGGAGUACUGUGCGGGAGGAGACGGGGAGCGAGAAGGGAACUCUACUGGACGGGGAACAUCAUGAGAAUGUGGUAUCUUGA